AUCGUCAAUAUAAAACGAACGACCUGAACCGAUAGUUUCAAUUCAUUAGAAAAAUUUAACGAGUCGUGAUAAAACAAUGCGUAGGUCGUGAAAAAUUGGUAUACAUUGGGCCAUAAAGUGUCUCGUAACCGUAUAAUUACAUACUACUAAAGGUUUUGGUAUUUUUAACUAUUUACAACAUGAUUGAUAAUUCCAAUGCAACCAGAAUGGAUGUAUUAGCCAUGGAAUUAAAUAACAAAAAUAAAAAAUGGAUCCAUGUUGGUACAAUAAAAAAAAUAUAUAUAUAUCCACUGUUGUCGUGUAAACCAAUAGAGCUUACUCAUUGCGAAAUUGGCCGGUACAAUUUAAUAACAAUCCAAAAUGAGUUUAUCUUGCGGAAUAACAUGUUCGUGAUAUACGAUGACAGCACCAAAUGUACGAUUCAAGACAAGAAAGAUCCCCGUCUGAAUUCUCUAGAAAUGAUACCUAUGACGGAAUAUAAAAUCAAAUUAGCAGGUGAAGGAAUGCCCGAUUUAGUCUUGGACAUAAUGGUUAUCCAGAACAUUUCUACACGCAUUUCGGCCUUAACAUCCUCCCAUGAUAAAUUUUUAAUUGGACUAAACUGCAUCGACUGCGGCACAAAAGCCGCCGCGUGGAUUUCCAGAUAUCUACAAAACUCUAAUGCGCGUUUAGGAUAUAAUAUACCUCAGAAUAAAUCGUUGGAACCAUUUGAGUACAAGUACAACUUUUUGAAGGAAAAUAACGUAGAUAUUACGGUACCUUACGAAAAUUUUCCGAGCUGCCAACUUUUGUCAGAAAACUCGCUCUCCUACGUAAACUCCCGAUUGAAUCACUCUGUACAUACGAAUGAUUUUCAAGCGAAUAUUGUGUUUGCACCAUUCCACGAUACUAGUUUUACGGAAUUUAAAUGGGAAUGGAUUAAUAUCGGCAAUGCAAUCAUGAAGAAUGUCAAACCAUUACAUGUAGAAUCGGAUAUACCCGUGGAUAUGGCAUUAAACUUGAUGCAUUUACUUUGUGAAGUAUAUAUUCCUGGAUGCGCAUUUAUAAAUAAUAUUGUGUAUAUUCGUGUAAAUAAGAACGAUUCUGAAUACGAAGAAGAACAUGUUCGUCUGAUCCAUUAAUUUCUCAGUACAAGAUGGUCCUCUAUCGGACUGCUUGCAAAAAUUUUUUUAUACAUGUAC